AAUCCCGGCUAGCCCAUCAAAACGCUCUCGACGAGCCGACAAACCACCGUCUGACAUCGAAGAGCCCCAAGCAUCGAUCGUAACCACUCACAUUCACAUCGCGGCCGACGACCAGCAGCUAUGGCUGCCCCCGUCCUCCCCCUGCAGCAGGUGAAGCUGCCGUCACUGCCUUCCACCCGACUGACACCGGAGCAACAAUACUGGAAGACCUUUAAGAACCCCCUCCUUAUCCCCUCGCCAGCCAACGGGCCCAUCAACCUCAUUACGCAGCCUUCCGCCCCUUCCUCUGCUUCUGCUUUCCCCUCCCUCACUCAGCCACCUGAUGUCUUCACCGUGACCACCGGCGCCCGCGUCCAAAUCUACUCCAUCCGCACCCGCAAACUCCUCAGAACAAUCACUCGCUUCGACGACACAGCACGCGGCACCGAUGUGCGCCCGGAUGGCCGUGUAGUUGCCGUGGGUGAUGACUCUGGCACGGUACAAGUCUUUGACGUGACUUCGCGGGCGAUUCUCAAGACAUGGAAGGAACAUAAGCAGCCGGUCUGGGUGGCCAAAUUUUCACCCAGCGACCCGACUGCGCUUUUUACGGCCAGUGAUGAUCGCACCGUACGCAUGUGGGAUUUGCCCAGCGAGAGCAGCGCCCGCAGCUUUGUAGGCCACACAGAUUAUGUGCGCAGCGGUGCAUUCAUGCCCGGCUCGUUAGCCUCGUCGGGCCUACUGGUAUCCGGUAGUUACGAUCGCACGGUGCGGCUCUGGGAUCCCCGCGUGGACACUCGCGCUGCCAUGACAUUCAAGAUGGCGGCCCCAAUCGAAAGCGUGCUGCCCAUGCCAACGGGGACAACUGUGCUUGCCGCCGCAGACAACAAGAUCGCCGUCCUCGACAUCGUGGCCGGUAAACCUCUGCACAUGAUUCAGAGUCACCAGAAGACGGUUACAUCACUGGCGCUGGCCUCAAACGGGGAGCGGUUGCUCUCGGGCGCGUUGGACGGUCACCUGAAGGUUUUCGAGACGACAGGGUGGAACGUCGUGUCUGGAUCCAAGUACCCAUCCCCGAUUCUUUCGUUGAGCGUUAUCAAAUCCGGGGUUGUCCAGGAAGACAAGCACAUUGCUGUUGGUAUGGCGUCUGGUCUCUUGUCGAUCAAGACCCGGCUGUCGGGACAGCAGAAAAUCAAGGAGAAGGAACGCCGGAAGGAAAUGCAGGCGCUGCUGGAGGGCAAAUUGGAGGAGCAUGACCGGAAAAUGGCCAAGAAGAAUCGCGGCGCCGGCUGGGAGAAGCGUCUCCGUGGUCGGGAUUUUGUGGGUGAGGGUGUGGAUAUUGUGAUUGAGGGGCGCGAUACCGGCAAGCGCAAGAAAGAGCAAACCUGGGAACACGAUCUGCGCAAGGCCCGAUACUCAACGGCUUUGGACCAUGUACUCGGUUCCAGCGACAAGACGGCUCAGCUGACGCUUUUGACGGCGCUGCGCCAUCGUUCCGCCCUGCGUGCCUCCUUGCAGAACCGCGACGAAGUAACACUGCAGCCUGUGCUCGCCUGGGUUUACAAAAACAUCACCGAACCACGACUGGUCAACCUCUGUGUCGAGGUCGCCAUGAACGUCCUAGACAUCUACUCGGGCAACUUGGGGCAGUCCGCCCAAAUCGACAAGAUGGUCGAGCGGCUGCACCGGAAGGUGCGCGAGGAGGUUGAGAAUGCUCACCAGGCUUGUCAGACCAAGGGUAUGUUGGAGAUGCUACGGGCGUGCUGAAUUGGGACUAUCACAAAAGUACGGAGAGUUUGAACUAGAGCUUGUUUCACCAUAUUGGAUACCUCGGGUGGAGUUUGGGGUUCUUAGGCAUAUCGCAUGCACUGUAUAGCAAAUGAUCUACGUGUUCCAUUACCCCUACCUCCUCUC